AUGCAGUCGAUCGCGUCCUUCAACGGCGACCUGUCGUCCAUGACCGCCCCGCCCUUCAUCCUCAGCUCCACCUCGCUCGUCGAGUUCUCGUCGUACUGGGCCGAGCACCCCCAGCUCUUCGUCGCCCCCGCAGGCAAGGAGGACCCCGCCGAGCGCGCCCUCGCCGUGCUCAAGUGGUUCCUCAGCACCCUGAAGCAGCAGUACGCCAGCCGCAGCGAGAAGUUGGGCAGCGAGAAGAAGCCCCUCAACCCCUUCCUUGGCGAGCUGUUCCUGGGCAAGUGGGAGGAUGCCGCAGGCACAACAGAGCUCGUCAGUGAGCAGGUCAGCCACCACCCGCCCGUCACGGCCUACUCGAUCUGGAACGACCAGCACGGCGUGCGUCUGACCGGCUACUGUGGCCAGAAGGCCUCGUUCUCGCGCACCAUCAACGUCAAGCAAAUCGGCCACGCGGUGCUCCACAUCGACGCCUACAACGAGGACUACCUGAUUACCCUUCCCUCGCUGCACAUCGAGGGCCUGAUCACCGGCUCGCCCUAUGUCGAGCUGAACCGCCAAUCCUACAUUACAUCCUCGUCGGGCUACACCGCCAAGAUCGACUACAGCGGUCGCGGCUGGAUCAGCGGCAAGAAGAACAGCUUCACCGCCACCCUGUACCCCCACGACAAGACGGACAAGGAUGCCAUCUACACUAUCGAUGGCCAGUGGACCGAAGCCUUCACCAUCAAGAAGAAGAAGGAGACGGUCGAGACUUACGACGCCCGCACCAACAAAACCACCCCCUUGACCCUCGCCCCCAUCGAGCAGCAGGAUGAGUUGGAGAGUCGCCGCGCCUGGCAGAAGGUUGCCGCCGGCAUUGCCGUGGGCGACAUGGAUGCGACGGGCCGCGAGAAGAGCCUCAUCGAGAACAAGCAGCGUGAGAUGCGCCGCGUCGAGAAGGAGGAGAACAGGGAGUGGCAGCGCCGCUACUUUUCCCGCACCGACGAGUUCCCCGUUUUCGAGAAGCUCGCCGCUCGCAUCCAGGAGCCCGUCGAGGCGGAAAAGACCAACGGUGUGUGGAAGUUCGACCCCACAAAGGCGGCCCAGUACCUUUCCAAGGCCACCACGGCCCCUUCCUCGUGA